AUGAAUUAGUAUUCAUUUUGUAGUCCAAAACCAAGGUUUAUGCAAGUGAAAAUGGAUGAGGCAGAAUAAAGAAGUUGGUCUAGAGAAUACAAAAAGAGAAGCGACUUUUUUUGUUUAUCCUCAAAACCUUCAGCAUCUAGACCAUAGACAGUUGAUUCGAAAAUUGAAGGAAAUAAGGCGAUAAGAUGUAACUCUAGAAAAUAAAGAUAACAUUCAUUAUAAGAAUCUGAGAUAGGAUGCAUUAGUUAAGAUGUUUAGUUAGUUGAUUAUUUAUUUUAAUUAAAAAAUAGGUAAUAAGAUAGAUAUAAAAGUAGAAUCUUAAAAUUACAUGAAAAAAAAACAAGAGUGUGGAAAAACUAUAAAUUUCCAGAGUUAUUUUAAAGUAUUAAAAACAGAAAUGAUAAUUUUGAUCCAUUGAUUAUAUUUGAUAAAAAAAAAGAACCAAUUCUGAAUUAUAUUGCUUGA